AUGGUCUCCCUUGAACCUUUUCAGGCCACCUCUAAAUCCAUUGAUCCAAAUUCAAGUCCCCGGAUUUCUUUCUCGGCCGAUUUCCUCGACGAGAAAAAUUUCAUAUCUCUCUGCCCCAAGUCUCCGAUUCUGAUCAAAGAUCACGAAAGGGAGAGAGAGAGAGCGCGUAAUGCAGAAUUCGAGUUUCUCUCUAGCAAUAUGACCAACCAAACAAUGCUGACUGCUGAUGAGCUGUUCUAUGAUGGGAAAUUACUUCCCUUUUGGCAAAUGCAUUAUUCCGAAAAAAUCAACAAGAUCAGUCUCAAAACAGAAGGUGCCGAGGAGAAAAUGGAGGAGGUGAACAAAGAGGAGAGUAGGGUGAAUUGGUUUGUUGAUGAUGAUCCAUCCCCUCGGCCACCUAAGUGCACUGUUUUAUGGAAAGAGUUACUAAGGUUGAAGAAACAACGUGCUUCAUCGUUGUCACCAUCUUCUUCUUCUUCUUCCUCGUCUUCUUCGAGCUCACUAGUUGAUAUAGCUCCCAAUGAUGCUGGCAAAGCAGGGUCGGGGAACAGAGAUAAGCAUGUGAAAAGGGCUAAGAAAGGAUUGGAGAGGACUAGAUCAGCUAGUAUAAGAUUGAGGCCUGUGAUUAAUGUACCAAUUUGCACACAUGGAAAGAGCAGUGCCCUGCCUCCUUUGUUUACCAUCAAGAAAGGAAGACUAGAGAGAAAACAAGGGCGAAAAAGGAAACUGGAGCGAAGACGGCGGCUGAGCGCGGUCGCUGAAACCGGUUCUCCUGUCGGAUCGGGCAUACACUACCAGAGAUUUGCAAUUAAUUUGCAGAAGCACCGACUAGGCCCAACCCAUAAAACUUGCAACAGUAGGCGGUUGCUCCUUUUUUCUGAUUCCAUACAAAAUAGAAUGAACUGAAGCAGUGGGUGUUGUGGUUGCCGAGGAGCGAAUUUGGAGGUCACAAACUCUUCUUUCCUGGGUUUCUGUUGCUUUUUAACGCCUAUUUUGAUUUUGUAAUGGAGUCAAAAAGAAGGGAGUGUUGUCAGCAUUCAGAAGUAUUCACCUGAAAAAAAGAAUUUUACGCACUCAAAGUAAAGACUUGUUAAUGCCACUGAAAGACUUCAUGACUCACUUGAAGAUGCAAUUUUUACUGGGAGAUUCAUUGACAGAACUACUGGU